CUAUCCAAACAGUGAAAGUAAUAAAGUCAUAUUCGGCCAAGUCAAACUUUUGACUUUUGCGAUCGCUAAUAAUGGAGGAGUGGGAGAGUGAUGAUAAGGAAGUAAAGGCCGCCGGAGCUGAACCUCUACCCGACGGCCGGCGAGGACUGAGCAUUCAGGGUUGGGAGAUCGAAACUCGCAAGCUUUCCAUUCUCAAUUCUCUUAAUGUUCAACGAUGGGAAAAAGAACUUCAGACGUUGCACUUGCCUGAGAUGGUAUUUGGAGACAAUUGUUUGGUGCUUAAACAUGUGAAUAGUGGCACAAAAUUCUUUUUCAACGCAUUUGAUGCUUUAGUUGGUUGGAAACAUGAGGCAUUGCCGCCUGUUGAAGUUCCAGCAGCUGCAAAAUGGAAAUUCAGGAGUAAACCUUUGAAACAGGUGGUGCUCGACUAUGACUAUACCUUUACAACACCUUACUGUGGAAGUGAAACUGUCGAAAGAAAUGUCGAGUGUGAAAGUGCAAUACCUGAUGAAGGCAGCAGCUGCAUUCAAUGGGAGGAUUGUAAGGAGAAAAUUGAUUUGGUUACACUGGCUUCUAAAGAACCUAUUCUCUUUUAUGAUGAGAUAAUCUUAUACGAGGAUGAACUAGCUGAUAAUGGGAUCUCACUUUUGACUGUUAAAGUGCGAGUCAUGCCAAGUGGUUGGUUCCUAUUGCUGCGUUUCUGGCUUAGAGUUGAUGGAGUGCUUAUGAGACUACGAGACACUCGUUUGCAUUGUUUAUUUGGGGAGCAUAACAAAUCCGUUAUUCUUCGUGAAAGCUGCUGGAGAGAAACCACAUUUCAGGCCUUGUCUUCGAAAGGAUACCCCUCUGAUCUUGCUGCAUAUAGUGAUCCAAGCAUCAUCGCUGAAAGGCUUCCUAUUGUAAUGCAGAAGACUCAAAAGCUGAAUAUUGGAGUGCCCUGUAAGCAGUAGUAUGAUCCUAGAUUGUUGUAUAAGAUCUUUUUCAUUUUUCCCCUUUAUAUGGAACUUAAGUUAAAUUAUGUUAUUUAUCCUCAAGCAAGUAAUGAAUAGCACUACCUUGGAGUGCUCUCACUUUGUCCUUCA